GCAUAUAUUCCUCCAACAUAACCCCACUUAUGUUUCCAGAUAUGGAGUGAGAACAUAGGACUGGCCAACAACUCCAAAUUAUAAAGAGAACUACAGCUGCCACAUAUUGAAGUAGAGCUGGAAGGAUCAAAACCCAUAUUUAUGCUCCACUCUUCUGCCUGUCUCUGAUCCUUAUAACACUCGUGGGUCUUCCCAAUAUGCAAAAUCAAGAUAUGAGCUUGGUUCUGUCAACUGAUGCAAAGCCCAGGCUAAAAUGGACUCCGGAACUUCAUCAUCGGUUUGUUGAAGCUGUGGCUCACCUUGGAGGGCCAGACAAGGCAACACCGAAGACUUUGAUGAGGGUGAUGGGAGUACCUGGACUGACUCUGUACCACUUAAAGAGUCAUUUACAGAAAUAUAGGCUGGGGAAAAGUCAGCAGGCAGAAACCUUCAGUGACAACAAUCAAGAAGAUUACUGCGAGAAUCAGAACAGAGAGAUUCAUUUUGAUAGGGAAACCGGUGAUGGAACUCAGAAUCCGAUUAAUGAAAGCUUGCAGAUAGCUCAGGCUCUACAAGUGCAAUUGGAGGUGCAGAGGAAACUUCAUGAACAUAUUGAGGUGCAGAGACAUUUGCAGCUGCGUAUUGAAGCCCAAGGAAAGUAUUUACAGUCAGUAUUAAAGAAAGCUCAAGAAACGCUUGCUGGCUAUAAUUCUUCUUCUGUAGGGGUGGAAAUGGCAAAAGCUGAACUCACUCAGCUGGUCUCUAUUUUUGACACUGGGUGCCCAAGUUCUUCAUUCUCAGAAUUAACAGAAACAGGAGGUUCUGGCUUAAAGGAUAAAGAGAGGAAACCAAUGAGGGGCACAGGAUGUUCCCUGGAAAGCUCCUUAACAUCCUCAGAGAGCUCUGGGAGAAAAGAAGAGAAGCAACCGAAGAAUGAGAAUGGGAACACCAAUAAGUGUACUUCCAUGGCUCCUACAUUAAUGGAGAUCCAUCCUGGAGAUAGCCAAGCUUGGAAGAGUGGUUCGAGCAAUCAAGCUAGUGGAAGAAAGAGAAACGGAAGCACCAUUUCUGAUGGAAAUUGUGUGGAGCAGCCCUCUGGUAAAAGAUCACCAACCUAUGCAGGGAAAACUGGUGACCGGUUGAGAAAAUUAGGAUUAUCAGAGAUGCUUGAUCUGAAUACCCAAUAUCAGAUCGACAUUGAUUCUGCUCCAAAAGCAAUAGAUUUGAACUGCAAGGAAUAGGGAUGUGCAUCUUUUUAAUGCUUCUUAGACCUUCACACCAGAUGGAUUUUAGUAAUAUGGUUUAUAUAAAGCAAACUUGGUUGGCUCUUGGAGUUUAAAUAUUGUCUAUAAACUAUGUAUAUCGAUAUGUGUACGGACCCUGAGGAACUUUUGAAAGUAUAUCCAUGUCAAAAGAAGUUAUAUAUUUUGUGUGGAUAAAUCUCUUUCA